GGGUGAAUUUAUCAUUUAUGUAGGCCCAAACUCUCAUGAUGUACAAUCAAUUUCCAUUCAUUGGUCAAUGUGACUUUAUCUCAUACGACGAUAUUUUGGGUAAACAAAUAAAACAUAUCGUAAAACAAUGGAAAUUAUACAAUAUGAAAUCAAAUAUGUGCAUUUUUUAUGAGUAAAACUUUUCAUCGUGGUUUGUCAUUGAAAAGAGAAAAUAUGAACGCUAUCUCCUUUUAUUCUUUCAUCCACAUUAUAAAUUUAAUCCUUUAUGUCUUCAGGGCUUUAAUGCUUGGUUUUGCGUCAGCCACUUAUGAAAAUGGAACAUGUGAGACCUCAAUAUGACUUUCUCACGCUCCAAAAAAAUUACUUUUCACUUUAAAAAAGGAAAAUUUUCAUAAUUUAAAUUUAAAAUCAAAAUUUGAAAAUUAUAUUGCCCAAAAUUCUCAUCAGAAAUCACACGACCAAACAGUGAGACAGAAAAUGAGCUCAGACGGUAAAGAAAAUCAACAAUGACCAAGAAAACGAACCCGAAAUCCCAGCAAAAUAUGAUCUUUCGUUUUGUACAAUCAGCACUCUACAGUUUAAAUAAUAAUUUCAUUAGCUGACACAAUUUGAAAGAGUACAUAUUUAUCGUACAUAUUUUUGAAAAGUUAUUGAAUAAAAGCUUUUCCUGAAGUAUCUAAACAAAUUACAUUUUUUCGAAAAUAUUCUUUGUUUUAUAAAGACUAUUAAAAUAAAGAAUAUAUAUAAAUAUUCGUCAUUUCUCAUAUUUUUUUAUUCAAAGCUUUUUUACAAAAGAAUUCCUUAUUCAUCCUAGAAAUAUUUUAAUGAUAUCUUUGUGUGUGAACCUUGAGCGCACUUUGUAUUUUUCCAACUAUAUGCAAAGAUAUUCAGGAGAAAAUAUGAACAGCUGAAACUUUGACAGGAGUUGAAAGGUGCACAUGGUCAUUAUAACAAAAUUUUUCCAUACCUUUUUUAUUUGAACGGUAAGGCUUUGAUUUUUCGGUUCACUGCAUAAUGAUCUUAAAUGUUUUUCAGUCAAUCUUUUACUCUAUAUCAUUGAUUUCUUUCAAGGAGAAUCAUUACGAUUUGAUACUGAAGAAACACCGAACAUUCAAACCUUUUACAUACGUGCGGUUUUAAGGAUACCAACCUAUUUCAUAUGGACAGUGGUUGAAAAACCUGCUUCUACUUACUUUCCCGAUAUUUAUAGCAUCAAUUCAACAGCGACCAUCUAUUGGUUUAAUGCUUUACUGACAAAAAAAUUUGAAAGUUUUGGAUUUCAUAUUUCAGCCAUAUUUUUGAAAAUAAUACCUGUUUGCGUUUUAAUUACAUUUAGUCUUUUACUUAUACACUCUAUUCGUAGUGCCCGAAGAAUCCGUCAACAUCUUCAACAAGGAAAAAAAACCCGUCGUUAUUCAUCAUCAUUGGGUAACUCUACUCGUGAAUUACGUACAACAACAAUGUUAGUAUUAAUUACAAUAUUUACUGCAUUUGUCGAAUUACCACAAGGUCUGUUAUUUAUUGCUAGUGCAAUUGAUAAAAAGUUUUAUUUAGUCUAUAGUCUGUUGGGUGAUAUUUGGGAUCUGUUAAGUAUAGCAUCGAGUUUUAUUACAUUUAUUAUGUAUUGCUCAAUGAAUUAUAUAACCCUGUACACUUGUAAACGAAAUCGGUGGCUCAUUGCGCAAUACAUUAUAAAUGUAAUAAAACUCGAUGCUAUACUUA